GAAGGAUGGAAGGAGCAAGGGACAGGGCUUGACCUCACUUGGAGAGACGUGCCUGCGCUUUUAAUUUCGUACCUGCUCGGACGGGCGGCCGGACGAUGCGUCUGCUGAGUGACAGAGAAUGCGAGUACGAAACAGAGGCUCGUAAUCGUUUAUCGUCGUCGUACGGGCGAGCUCGGUCCAGCAAGAUGCCCGGUUCAAAUUUUGGAGCCUGCCUCUGUCGAAAAAGAGUAGAGGCAAGUGUAUGCGUAUAUAUCGACCGAGAAAGCGAUGUUACGUCGGUCUUCUCUUCCUCUUCAGUUUCGUUUCAAUCCCCUCUGUUCGUCAAUCACUGUCGGUCUAGAAGGAAGAAAAGUGGAGAAAGAGACCAACAAAGAAAGAUGAAACGAGGGGAAAGAAAGAAAGGGGGGACCGAAGAACGAAGAGGGAACGAAAAAGGACCAGACGAAAGGACGACGGAAAGAAAGACCAAAGGAAACGCUUGUCCUUGGUCCGUUUCCAGUCGGUGGUCGAGGUCGGGUUGGUGUCGAGAGAAUCGAGGGUUCUCUCGUUGUAUUAAGAGAUGGUGGUGAUGACCGAGACAAAAAAGCUCAGACAGACGCCGGGGCGGGCCAGGCGAGGGCGAGCGAGCUUUCCUUUUUUUGAAAAUUUUCGCCUGCCAAUAAACAGCGCG